AUGUCGUGUUGGAGUCGUAAGAAGGUUUACAAGCCGUGUAAUGAUGAACAUCGUAAAGUUGUUAUUGUUGGUGAUAGCGAUUGUGGUAAAUCUUGUUUAUUGCAAGCUAUUGAUGGACAAAAAUGGUCUGAUCCGUAUACUAGAACCUUCGUCGAUAGUUAUGUUGUUGAAAAAUUUAUCAAUGAACAAAAAUUUGAGCUGACUCUGCUUGAUACAAAUGGAUCAGAAGAAUACGAUCGACUUCGACCACUUUCAUAUCCAAUGACAGAUAUAUUUAUCAUGUGUUUUGCUAUCGACAAUCCUGAGAGUUUCAAAAACGUCUCUGAGAAAUGGUUACCCGAGUGCAAACAUUUUUGUCCACUUGCUUCGAUCGUUCUUGUUGGUAUUUGUGAAAUAACAAAAUAUGCAGCAUGUUACACUUCGCAUAAACCUGCGAUAAAAUAA